CAAAAGUCCCAAUUUUUUUUUUUUUAUAAUUUUUUUUAAUCAAAAUCGAAAAAACCCAGAUUUUGUUUUUUGAUUUUGGGAAGAUGGGUAUCAUAAAGAGUAGCUUUUCUUUCAUAGUAGGGACGGUGUGUGGAAUAUACAUAGCUCAAAACUACGACGUUCCGAACAUCAGGAAGCUCACCCACGAUGCCCUCUACAAGGCCAAGCUCGUCGAAGAGAAGUACCGGAAGCCCAAAACCAAGGCCGACUACGACGACGACGACGGCUAGGAUCCGACCCGACCCGACCCGACCCCGUUUUGCCAAAAUCCAACCAGGUCUUCAAGAUAAAACUCUUGUACUUUGAAUUCUAGAGGAAUACAGUGAAUUUUUUUUUUUUUUCUUGGAAUUCAGUUAUUGAUUGUGAAAAUUGUGUAAAUUUCAAUU